AUGCCACUCAGAAAGUAUCGUAUUGUAUCGUCGGUGAGCGGGAGCAGCGGGGCCACGAGCGGAACAAGCGGUGGAUCGACCACCAGCACGUACACGUUGACGUCCGGCACGUCCUACAGCAACAACACCAACGCUGGCCAACCGUUCGGAGGUCCUGCGAGUCACGCGUCGACGUUUACGGCGCUACCGAGUGCCGCUGGCGCCAGCCUGGCGUCCAUCGGGCAUCACCAUCAUCACCACCAUCAUCAUCAUACGCCGUCGCAACAGCAACACCAGCAGCAACAGCAGCAACUCCUGCACCUUUCCACCACCGGACAGCAAGCGACGGCACACUACACGACCCAGCAGCAGCAUCAACAGGCACUGGUGCCACAUCAGCAAACCACCCUCCCGGUGCAGCUCCUCCAGACGGUCCCAUCCCUGACGGCCGCCAGUGCCCCGAUCGUCGAUCCGCUACCGCUCUGUCUGGACGCCAAUGGGACCUACCUCUGUACGUCCUACAACCCACGCUGCUACAUCAUCCAAAAGCUCACUCCAACUCCCGUGAGUUGCAUUACGUACGAGGUAACACCGAUUGCGACCCCGUUGGUUGCCCAGCCAUCGGUUGGCACACUUUCCGCUGCAACGAAUUUAACUGCACCCACAGCGACGACUUCCAUCGGUUCUACCGUUCAAUCUUUCGGAACUCUAGAAGAGCUACUAGACUACGGUAAGAUCACGGCCGCCGUACCUUUACUUGCGCCCGUUGACGGUGGUGGCAGCCCGCUGGAAUUUUCCUCAGGCACACCAUCAAUAGGCCAAGUGCAACACUAUGCAAUCGGAGGCGAUGCAGCACUAACAAGCGCAUCAACAACCAAACCAACAACAACGGUGGCAAACAACAAUGUGAUAUCUCUGGCCAGCUCACACACUACGACGACGACGACGACUGGUGGCGCCAGCGGAGUCCGUUUUAGUAAACGUACCCACAAUGGAAACUCUCAGUUUGCAGCUGGAAAAGCGGAAACAGAUUUUAAUAACGGUCAUUCUCAUGGCGCGUGUGUGAUUAUUACCAGCUCCAAUGAAGCUUCCAGCUUUUCCGUAGCUGGUGGCACCGAUGGUGCUACCGUGGUAAGUGAUAGCGGUCCGGCAAUAAGUGUGAUUGAAGCCGUCGGAUCUAGAAUGAGUGGUGCGUGUGAUGUGGCAGGAGGAAACAGCAGUGUAAGUGCAUCGAACACUAGCACCGUUGCGGUUCAGCAGCAGCACGUUUCCGGUGGCAGUGCUGGCGUGUACCGUGUCUCAAGCCAAAGCUUUACAAAGAUGCAUAAUAUAGUACAACCGGUGAGCGAGAUGGACAUCGAAUCGUUUGCUGUUCCAGUUGGAGUACCGGAAGGCUACGUGCUGAUGAAUGGAGAUACAGGAAAAUUGUCCGCUACCGCCGCCGCCCCGACAGCGAUCUAUCCAGCGCCCGGCACAGCCGCGGCCACAGCUGCAGCAGCAGCAGCAGCCAGCACAAUCAUCACUAGCGGAAUUUCCAGCCUAACGCUGGUCGGUCAACAGCAGCCACAGCCAACGCCUCCCGGUUCCGGCGCGAUGCACAACGUCAACAACAACACACUCGUGGGCGCCGCUCCCUCCGUGACGCCCGCACCGGUAGACUAUUCCGCACUGAAUGGUGGUGGUGGUGGUGGUGUUGGUGGACUCGCUUCCGGUGGGGAAUCUCCGGCCACCGCCAGCGACUAUUACGCCGACGGUCCGGUCGCCUCCACCCUUAUUACCAACGACACCGCGGGCUCCACUCCAAGCAGCAGCAACAUUACCUACACCAACAGUCCUGCCCUCGCCAGUAGCCUGCCGGGCGCUGCUGCUGCUGCUACUGCUGUCGCCGCCAUGCCGCUAGCAGGAGGAGGAAUCAUCGUAGUUCCCGCCGCCGUCGCCGUCGCCACCCACGAGGACGAGGACGCCACCGGCAGCGUCGAGGAUGCGCUGGUGCAAGGCAAUAGUAGCAGCAGUAGUAGCAGCAAUAACAACAACAUCAUGAACAACAACCAGAUCGUCACCAGUGAUAGCAACAAUCCUACUAGUAGCAGUAGUAGUACCGAACACAACGGGAUGCCUUUAGAGCAGCUGAAGCAGCUGCUGCAAACACAGCUUGAUUACUAUUUUUCGCGAGAGAAUCUCGCGAACGACACAUAUCUCCUGACGCAAAUGGACAACGAUCAGUACGUGCCAAUCUGGACCGUUGCGAACUUCAAUCAGGUGAAGAAGCUUACCAAGGACAUCAAGCUGAUUACGGAGGUGCUGCGCGAGUCCCCGAACGUGCAGGUGGACGAGGAAGGCCUAAAGGUGCGCCCGAACCACAAGCGGUGCAUCGUGAUAUUGCGCGAAAUACCGGACAAUACGCCCGUGGAGGAGGUGAAGAAUAUUUUCCAGGGAGAAAACUGUCCGCGCUUCAUUUCCUGUGAGUUUGCCCACAACAACUCCUGGUACAUUACGUUCGAGUCGGACGAGGAUGCCCAGCGUGCGUUCCGAUAUUUGCGCGAGGAGGUGAAGGAAUUUCAGGGUAAGCCAAUUAUGGCACGAAUAAAGGCCAAACCGAUGAACCGGCUACCGAUCACACCGGUCGGCGGUGUGCCGAUGAAGAACGGGUUGAACGGCUUCCGGACGACGCCACCGCCGGGCACGGCGGUCGCCGUCACCGCGGCCGUCCCAUCGAUGGCGACAACGACGGCGGUGGCGGCACUGACGGCGGCCGGGGUCCCGGGCGCCACCUACGACCCGGUGCAGCCGACGUCCGUCACGGCGGCCACCCUGACUGCCUACCCGACCGGACAGCGCUACAUUCUGCAGCACAACGGUCCACUUCCACAGGGCGCCGUGCCGAGCUUCAACGCUCCGGUGCAUAUGUUUCCAUUCCAUCAGCAGCAGCCAUUGUAUCCCGGGUUUAUGCAAUCGUGGCAGCCCACCCAGGGCAGCUUCUUUGAGAUGACGCCGUACAUGGCCAACGGGAUUCCGCAGGUCGCGGUCUACAACACCGGCGGCGCUGCUGCCGGCGGUGGUGGCGGUAGUGGUGGCGGCGGUGGCGGCGUUGCCGGCGGAGGCAAACAACAGAACGGCCGGUACGGUGGCGGAGUGCCAGGCGGGGGUGGUGGUGGUGGCGGCGUAGGCGGUGGCCACCGGCAGAAUCCUCGUAACAAACGCCAAACAACGCAGCAGCAGGGAGUAGUCAAUGACAGUCAACAGUCGUCGGUAUCAUCGAACAACAAUCGAAUGUCGAACGCGCAGCAGCAAUCGCAGGGCUAUCAGGGGCAGAAUGCUGGCGGUGCUAAUGUGGUCACUAGUAGCGGUGCGGUACAAUCCGCCGGUGGUGGUGUCGCCUCUUACCAACCGAACGCGGGUGGCAAGAGUGUCGGUUUGCUCGGUGGCAAACCAGCUUCGUCGUCCGGGGCGGUAGCUUCGUCGGCGUACCUUAAAGAUGCAACCGGGGCACCGUUGACGACGAUUCCCGGCACGGUGUUUGUCCCACAGUACUACGUUUCUGCUCCGCAACAUCCACAGCACUACGUCAGCCAACAACAACAGCAGCAGCAGCAGCAGCAGUCGAGCGACGGUGGAGUGGUUGAUGUGAUCGUACGAACGGACAUGCAGCAACAGCAGACCCAAUCGUACCACGAGGAUGGUUCAUCCCUCGGUGCCAACACGGUGCUCGUAGUGCCAGCCUACACCACAGGCGGUGGUGGUGGCGGUGGAGGCCGUAAAAACAACAACCCGAACGUUACCGGAACCAACACGACGAUGCACAUCGACAACGCGCAGCAGCAGCAGCAGUGGACAUCCAAUCAACCCCGACGGAAUCCACGGCGGCGGAAAGAUGAGAUGAUGCCGAUGGAGGUCGGAACCGGUGGCGGUGGAGGAACGGGGGUGACAAUGAUGAUGUACGGUGCCGGUGGCAACCUCAGGCAUGCGGCAGCUGCUUCAGCGGGAUACAACGCAAAUAGCAGCAGCAGCACCACCAACCGCACCAACAGCGCAAACAACGCGAACGGUGCAGCCAAUACUAAUAAUAAUAGUAAUAGCGGUAAUAACGGUAACAAUAACAGUGGUAGUAGUAACAAUAAUAUAAAUAGUGGUAAGGUUAUCAUGCAUACAACUAGUCUCAACCAAUUGGCGCCCUCCGCCGGUGGAGGAGGUGGAGGCGGAAAGUACCAAGGCCGCGGGCGCGGCGGUGAUAACAAUAAUGGAUAUGGCGGUGGCAUGAUGGUCGCAGAUGGCGGUUCCCAUCACGGCGGCGGUGGUGGAUAUCAUUUGGACGGCCACGGUCACCAUCACAGUAGGAACACGGCGACUGCAUCGGCUGGUGGUGGCGGUUUGCUCGAUUCCAGUGCUUCCUUCCCGCAGCAGCAGCAGCAGCAGCAACACGCUGCUGGCGGUGGCAAUGCGGCGGGCCAUAAGUUGCAGCAAGACAUGAUGCACCAUCGGCAGUUCCAUCACACGGAGCCGCACUUGCAUCAUGUGCAUCAUCAGCAGCAGCAGCACCACCAGCAUCAGCAGUCGUCGUCCCAGUCUUCUGCCAGUAGUCACCAUCACCAUCAUCAGACCUCCGCCAACAGUAGCAACAGUAGCAGCCACCACCACAGCCAUCAUAGUCAGCCAGCAGGUGGUGGUGGUGGGCCGCAGGCAACCGGCCAGCAACAGCAACAUCAUCCUCCGCAGCAGCAAUCAGUUCCACCGCAGCAUACUCAUGCCCAACAACAACAGCACCAGCAGCAUUCGGCAGCGGCAUCAUCGGCUCAGGCAUCCCACCAUCACCAUCAUCACCAAGGUCACCAUCUGCAGCACCAGCAGACGGGGGCCGGAGGUUCGUCGAGCAGUGGGACAACGGCAGCGACGGCGGGGGGCAGUAGUGGUGGCAAUAGCUCCAGCUCCAACACCGGGAGUACCGGUGGCCAUAACACCACCGCCAGUACCAACACCGCUGGCAGCAGCGGUGGUGGGGGGUCAGCAUCAAACCACGGCAACGCUAGCAGCAGCAGCAGCACCAGCGUUCAGUUCGAUCUCGAGCCAGCGGCAUUUCCGCCCCUUCCCGGGCACGAUGGACGGAGUGGCACCGGUGGCGGGAGUAAUGCCACGGGUGGAGGCCGCUCGAACGCGAAGGGAAGUCACCAUGGCUCCGGCCCUUCGUUCGGAGGUCAUCAGCAGCAGCAGCACCAAUCCCAUGGUGGUGCGUAUGGGACCUCUGGCGCCCAUCAACAGCAUCCAUCGGGAGCAGCAGCAACAGGUGGUCCGAGUGCAUCCAUCGCUACUGGUGUUUCCGGCUCCUCAGCGUCCUCCUCCUCCGGUGCUCAUCACAGUUCCACCACCGAUGGUCUUGCUGAGGGCCACGGUGCCUCCGGUGGUGUUUCGUCGGGAAACAACACUGCCUCCGGCGGUAAUGGGACACACCAGCAGCCGUCGAUCGGAGCCACCACCAUUGUCCCGGCACCGGCUUGGGGCGAGAAUCAUCGCUUAGCGGAUGUGGUGAAGGGUACGGCAAAGGCACGCCCUCUCCCGGGAGCAACGGUAGCUGCCAUUGUGGCCGGUACAGCUCUUCUUCCGACGCCAACAACGACCACGGGUAGCACCACCGAGCAUAGUCAAAAAGGCACGACCACUUCAGGAGCGACGACCGGCUCCGAGCAGAAGCCGAACGAACCCGCUGGAAACACUGGCACCAGCUCCACUAACGCUAAUCAGCAGAUACAUCCUCUACCUGUGAUAAAAUGCACUGUGAAUGUCGCAACGAACGUUGGUGGCAGUCAAACUGCACCAUCAACCGGAACUGCCGUCGCCACCACAACCGGUAGUAGUGGUGGUGGCCAUUCUUCAGCUACUGUCCCUCCUCCUACUACUUCCGCCACGACCACCACCACGGCUGACAAAUCAACCAAGACUGACGAGUCGUUGCUGCAGAUGUCAGCAAGCUCCACGGUAACGGCCCGCGCAGCGACCACUGCCAACCCGACGGAUAGCAGCAGCGGCGGUAACCCGCCCGUUGUUUCCGCCUCCGCAGUGUCCGCACCAACGACGGCCAAUGCGGCCACAAUGACUUCGACUGAUUUCGCCACCGCAACCAAAUCCUCCGCCGCCUCGGCCUUAAAAGCUGCUCCCCACGCUAACACCGGUACCGGCGGAACUGCUGCCACAGGAAAGCAGCAACCUCUGGCGGGCGCCGGUGGUAAAUCCAGCGUGGCAACAACGGCAACAUCGUCAUUGAAUGCUGGUGCUCAACCACCACCACCGCCAACCUUCUCGCUGCAAAACCAUCCGCCACUGGUUCCGCUCGACCCGAGCAGCGCGAACAGUAAUAGCGCUGCUGGAGCCACCACCACUACCACGCCUCAGGUACGUCUUAGCUAUGCACAAGUGGCACAGCAUCUGGCCGAGCAGAAGAAGGAGAAGGAGCAGUCCGUCGUCGUCGCCGGUGCCGCUCAUCCCCAUCAUCAUCCGCAUCAACAUGCGGCCGAACAUGGGGCGAGCGGCAACAAGGCGGGCUCUUCUGCAAUCACGGGUACUGCAGCAGCAGCAGCAGCGACUGCAGCGGAGAAGGAGAACAGCAAUCACAAUGCACCGGUAGCAGUUACGGUGACGGACGUAGCUUCCGGUACAGCAACGGUCGGGGCUUCUGCGGCUACCAGCGCAACCGGUGCCUCUGGUGCGGGUGUUAGUUCCUCGGCUGUGAACGCCAAGCACGAUACCGCCGGGUUCGUCGGUGUGGCCAGCAGAAAGAAAGACACGGCAGCCGGUGGUGGUGCCGGCGCCACAACGAAGGGAGGACCGGCCACCUCCCAUCACCACGGAGAUGGUUUCCGAGAGCAACGAGAAACGCGCUACAAUCAACACGGUGCCGGUGGUAACACUCAUUCACGCAACUCCAAAGAUUAUCGUCAGUCUUCCGGUGCUGGUGGUGCCGGUGGCCACAGCAACCAUGUUGCCGCCGGUUCCCUUCCCUCUGCCGGCCUCCGGAAUGUGGCCGAACAAAACAACAAUCAUUCGCAGCAUCAUCCGCAUCAGCAGCAGCACGGUGGUAGCAGUGGAGGAGGUCCUCGCACUGGUGGAAAUAAUGGCAAUACCAACCACCACCAUCAUCACCAUCAUCACCAGAGCAACAACAACAAUGGCGCCAAAACAAUGGGUGCAGGUGGUGGUGGUGGUGGACCCCGUUCGGCUCGACCGCAUCAGCUGAAGGACUACGUCACGACCCCGCACCAACAGUCACACCAUCACCAGCAGCAGCAGGGGGGGCACCCGCGGAGUCCCAAAUGAUGGCGCUUAAUAUGGAUCUAAAACGUACGGCCCGUCCUCCUUCUCAAACAAAGCCACCACCAGCAGCAGGAUCACGUGCUGGAGCAAGACCAAAACCAAACGCAUUACCUGCCGCCACUGUUCUUCUACACCACCGAUCAGUAGCGCCCGGCUCGGAAAACAUGAAAGUUCGCAAUCUUGUGCAAUCUUGGAAGGAUGCUGUAAUUAUGGUUCCCCUAAAGGAUCUGAAAUGUGUUUUGAAGUUUGUGGAAUGAGCCGUUUCCACUUGUAAGAGAUGUCAGGAUAAGCGCUGGCGGAAAGUUGGACGGGCAUUACUGUGCUUUUCUUCAGCGGCAAUAAGAGCUUGCCAUUAGUAGCAAGAGCAAAGUGCGUACCAAGGUGUCGGUAUUGAUAGAGCAGAUCGGGGCGCAUGAUCGAUAAAUGAUGCGAGAGAGGGUUUAUUUGUUUUCUAGGCAAUCUAUUGUCGUAAACGCUUGGUUUUUUUUCUUUUAUUUCUUUUUUUCCUACGCAAUAAUCAAACUCUGCGGAUAACACUCAAGGCGAUGUAGUUCGAGAUGCAACUCUAGGUAGUGUGGUUUACACCAGGCUUACACCGAAACUAUUUAAAAUGGAUAUGAUAUUAUUCGGGUUCAAAUGAGUUUUUUUCUUCCAACUUUUUUGCGAAUCUCACAUGCACACAUUAUUGUUGUUUGGAAAUGUUGUACUGCUUCUGUCAAAUCCAAAACGGUAAAGGAUCCGCUCAGUUUCAAAGGUAUAGCUCUCGGAAUCCUUAAAAUCAUACUCCUUUUUAUUGCCUUUGCUUCCCGUGCCUGGUCCGCCACUUGUUUUCUCCAAACUAAUC